AUGAUAUGUUUUAGUGAAGAAGUGCGGAUAUUAUCCCACAAUGGAGUUCUUGUAUAUAAAUCAAGUGAGAAUACCUAAAGUGUGGGGAAGCGAACACUACAAAAAUAUUUGUUAUUCGUUAAAAAUGUAUUUGCUCAACUUCAUAUUGUAAUAGUAUAUUACUUCAUAUUAGAAGCUUUAGAGCUUUGGUUUACGACAUACUUUUCGAAGUGUUUUGAGGGCAAUCAAGAAAGAAAGAAAGAAAGCUUCAUCUAUGUCGAUUAUGAACUUUACCAUUAGUGGUAAACCACCCACAAGACCUCAAUUGUUUAUAUGCCCUAGUUGUUCAAAAGGCUUUUCCAGGAAGGAUUAUCUAUAUCGCCAUGAAAUGAAUCAUUCAGAAAUUAAACCAUUCAAGUGCGAGCAAUGCAAUUUAUCUUUCACAAGAAGUGAUUUACUUACAAAACACUGUAAAUCAAAAUCUCAUCAAAAAUCAAAGGCAAAGGAGAAUUUGAACAAUGCAUAUCACAACAAUAAUAGAAAUAUUGUUAUUCCCAAACGUCCUUAUCGAGGAGAGAAAAGAAGUUUUGACUCUUCGGAUGAGAAUACAUCCAAUUCUUCUAAUAUAAAUAAUACUCGAUUACAAACCACCAGACUUAACCAAUUCACUAAAGAAGAUCACAUAAAAAAAGAUAAAAGAUUAGAAAUUUCAAGUUUUUUAAAUCGUCGUUUUAAUGAUGAAAAAAUUCCGGCUCCUCCUCCUCAACCUUCGAUUAUUUUGCCUGCUAUUUCAGAGAAAUUGGACGUUAAUGGUACUUCGUCAAUAGGUUCUUCAAAGACGUUCAUGACUCGUCCACUUGAGCAAGUAAAAGAUUCAGAGUCGAAUACAUAUGUCGACCAACAACAACAGCAACAACAGAGAGAUAGUCAUCAUUUAAAUUCUCAGGAAGAAUCAGUACACGCUCCAAAUUAUUCAGAUACUAGAAAUGAUUUCCCAAGUAAUUUCGAUCCUACAUAUGGAACUAUUGAUAACAAUUUAUUAUGGCUAUUUAAUGAUACUACUCCAGGUGAUAACUUAUUCUGGUUAUUUAGUGAUUCAACACCGUGGGAAAAUGAUAAUUCUGGAAAUGAAAAUAAAUUAACCGAUUCUAAGCUGAGAAUUGAACCUUUCACUACACCUAAUUCAAUUACAAUCCAAACUAAUAAUCAAGUUGAUAUACCUCCGGUUAUGUAUCAAAAUUUGUAUAAUGAAAGUACAAAUACAAAUAUAAACAACAAUAAGAUACCUAUGGCCGAGGCAACAAGAUCAAGAAUUGUCAAUAUUUUUCCAUCAGUUAAUCAGUUAAAUAAAGUUUCAUUACAACGAUUUGAAGAAUAUUUAGAUUUAUAUUGGUUUAAUUUUGCUCAAACCUUUCCUGUAAUUCAUCAGGCAACUUUCAAUCCAAAUACAGUGAGUAUAUACUUAUUGAUAAGUAUGAUUGUUAUUGGUAUGGCACAUUCUUUGGAUAAAGUUGAAUAUGAAACUUCAAUUUCACUUAAUAAAAGAUACAGAAGAAUCAUCUAUGAUGUAAUUGAAGAUAAUACUGAGUUACCUUUGCCUUUGAUGCAAGCAUUGAUCUUGCAUAAUUUUUCAGCAAAAAAUUUUGGUGACACUCAAUUAAGCAAAAUAGCUCAAAUUGAUCAUGGUGCAAAUAUUAUGUAUCUAAAAUUUAGUGGAUUUUUAAACAACUUAUCGGAACCAGUAAUCCGUAAACCGGCAAAUAAUCCAAAUUUGACUGAAUUGUCAGAACAAUGGCAAAAUUGGAUCGAAUAUGAAAGUUGUAAAAGAGCAGUAUUUUUUGAAUUUAUCUGUGAUACUCAACAUGUAACAUUUAGCAAAAUAAGGUCAUUAUCAGCUUUUGACAUUAAAUUAGAAUUACCAUGCAGUGAUGAAGUUUGGAAUUGUGCAGAUCCACUUAGAUUUUUCGAAGAAUAUCAAAAGCAACCAAAAGGUUUAGGCACAAGGCAAAAAAUAGAUACUUUAGAUAAUUAUGGUUACAAGAAUGAAUCAUUUGAUAACGUUGAUGGUGGAAAUAAGAAAGAAAAUAUUUAUGGCUACUAUAAUGGUACUGUUCCUGAUGCUAAUGAUAAUGAUACAAAUUCCGAAAAGAAUACACAAUUUUCAAAGAAUGAAGACUUAGCUGCUUUUUUUACGAAACCAAAAGAUUCAACUGAUUUACUGAAAGAACCUAAUACCUCAUACUCCACUCAAUCGAUUAAUAUGGUAAGUAAAUGGCCAACAUUUUUGUGGGGUUUAAAAUCCAUGAUGACUAAAUAUAAAGCGAAUCAGAAAGAGUAUCCAUUGGAUUGCUAUUCAUUGUUUUCAAGAUAUAUAAUUUUACAUGGGUUGUUACGAAUGUGCUGGGAUUUGAGAGUUCAAAAUCUUCAAGACUUAGGAUUUGUAUCAAAGAGGAGAUUAAGUGAUUUUUUUAACAGAUUAGAAAGUGCUUUUGUAAAUUGGAAAGGUUAUUUUGACUUACAUGUUAAACUAUAUGAAAAGCAAGUAGGCUCAUUGGGAAAAUUGAAUUCAAGUAAUCAUUUAAUAUUAUCAUUGAACAAUUAUGGACCAACUAAUGCUUCGUGGGCAAACAUUAGCUUUUAUUACACCGGAUUGUUCUGUCUUUAUGCUGAUAUACCUUCUGUUGCAGUAUUUGCAGCUGAAUACAAAAACUUUCAUUCUGUUACUAAAACAGAGUAUAAAGGAAUUAAAGAGAUGGAAUAUGAAAGAAAUAAAUUAAUAAUUGAACAAUGGGCAAAAUCUAUUUAUGGUAGAUUAGCCUUAAUAGAAGCUUGCAAGUUUUUAAGAUUAGUAUAUGAAAAUGAAGAAACGAUUAAUACCUUUUCACAUAUACCACAAACAGCAUAUCUCGCAGCAUUAAUUAUAUGGUGUUAUGAAAUCAAGAGAGAAUCUCCUAAUUUCGAAACGGUUAAUAAGUUGAGAAAGGGAGAUGAAAUUAAAUUUACUGAAAUAAAAUUGGAUGCAAGUAAAUAUUUCGAUUUACUUGGUAAUAUUCAUUAUAAAUUGUCGAAAAAUGAUGCCUGUGAGUACUUUUCUACCAUCUUGGAUAUGAAAACAGAUUUGAAUGAUGAUUAUCUAGAAGAACAAAAUGAUAGUCAACAGUUUAUUGAAGAAACUGCCUAUGAACAAUUUAAGGAAAGACAAAUGAAUACAAUUGGAGUUGUAUGCUAUAUCUUACAUCUCUUAAGAAAAUGUAAAUGGGUGUAUUCAAUAGAUUUGGUCCAGCAGUUGGAACAUGUGAUUAUAACCUACGAUAAAGUAUAGUGUUAUUAAAAAUUCAUUCAUUUACUACUUUUGAACUAUUAAUUAAUAUCUAGUGAGACUCUUCAUAAUACACAUCCUUCAUAUUUUACAAUCUCUUUAACUUUUUCAGCAGAAGCGCUAGUUUGAUCAAAUACAUAAGUUAACCACUCUUUAGCUAGUCUUCUUGCAAGUUCU